AUGUCUCAGGAGAUGACAGACGUGGAGCUUGAUAAAGAGUGGAAGCCCAACGGCAGACGGCCUCAAUCAACCAUGGCUCGCUCUCUUGCCGCUGCUCUUGAUAAUGCUUUCAUGCUCGACUCGGAGGUUGACUCCCUCACCAACGCCAUCCACUAUAAACAAACAAUGGUAUCAAUGCAGAGCCGCGAGCUCGAGGCGCUGGAAGCUAGGCUUCGAGCCACCGAAAACCGCCUAAGAAUGCAAAAGGGGGAGGCUCCCCUUGAGCCCGUCAAGGCCAACGACUCUGCCAGCAAUAAUGAGAAUGCUGCCUCCCAGAACAGCUCGCACAAGGGCAGAACACCUCUGGAGGUCUCUACUGCAGACAAGGAGCGUGGUCCGCCGCCGCUAUCCACGCCCAACCAGUCUGACGACGGCUUCACUACCAACGCUUCCACCUCCCCUGCAACCACGGACCAGGGUGAAGAGGCUGCCGACCAUGCUGGCGUCCAUGGUCAAGACGGCCGUCAAGGUCACUUGGAGGGCAAGAAGGGAUGGUCUUGA